CACUGGGGGGCAUCCGGCCUCGAAGACCUCUCACUUGCGUCUGGGCUGCUGAAGCCAUGGCUUCCAAGUGCCUCAAGGCCAGCUUCUCUUCAGGGUCUCUCAGGGGCCUGGGGGGAGCUGGCGGCGGCUCUGCUCGCGUGUCUGCGAUGUACUCCAGCAGCUCUUGCAAGCUCCCCAGCCUCUCCCGCGGGGCCCGGAGUUUCUCGGCAUGCUCCGUCGGGCUGGGUAGGAGCAGCAGCAGGGCAGCUGGCUGCUUGUCUGCUCUCUGCCUCCCGGCCGGAGGCUUUACUACCAGCUACAACCUGGGUGGGGGCUGGUUUGGGGAUGGCAUCCUCACCGGCAGCGAGAAGGAGACCAUGCAGUCCCUGAACGACCGGCUGGCCAGCUACCUGGAGAAGGUGCGCCAGCUGGAACGGGAGAAUGCCAGCCUGGAGGGCCGCAUCCGGGAGUGGUGUGAGCAGCAGGUGCCCUACCUGAGCCCUGACUACCAGUCCUACUUCCGGACCAUCGAGGAGCUCCAGAAGAAGACCCUGUGCACCAAAGCAGAGAAUGCCAGGCUGGUGGUGCAGAUCGACAAUGCCAAGCUGGCCGCAGACGACUUCAGAACCAAGUAUGAGACGGAGCUGUCCAUGCGGCAGCUGGUGGAAUCAGACAUGAACGGGCUGCGCCGGAUCCUAGAUGAUCUGACCCUGUGCAAGUCUGACCUGGAGGCCCAGGUAGAGUCCCUGAAGGAGGAGCUGCUGUGCCUCAAGAAGAACCACGAGGAGGAGGUGAACUCGCUGCGCUGCCAGCUUGGUGACCGGCUCAACGUUGAGGUGGACGCUGCCCCACCUGUUGACCUUAACCGUGUUCUGGAUGAGAUGAGGUGCCAGUAUGAGACCCUUGUGGAGAAUAACCGCCGGGAUGCCGAAGAAUGGUUCAAUACUCAGACCGAGGAGCUGAACCAGCAGGUGGUGUCCAGCUCGGAGCAGCUGCAGUCCUGCCAGGCGGAGAUCAUCGAGCUGAGACGCUCUGUCAAUGCCCUGGAGAUCGAGCUGCAGGCCCAGCAGAGCAUGAGAGAUGCUCUGGAAUCCACCCUGGCAGAGACCGAGGCCCGCUACAGCUCCCAGCUGGCCCAGAUGCAGUGUCUGAUCAGCAACGUGGAGGCCCAGCUGGCCGAGAUCAGGAGUGACCUGGAGCGCCAGAACCAGGAGUACCAGGUGCUGCUGGACGUGCGGGCCCGGCUGGAGUGUGAGAUCAACACGUACCGGGGCCUCCUGGAGAGCGAGGAGGGCAAGCUGCCCUGUAACCCGUGUGCCCCUGACCACACACCUGCCAAGUCGUGCCUCCCCUGCCUUCCCGCUGUCUCCUGCGGACCUGGGGCGGUCCGCACCACCUGCAGCCCCCGCAGCAUCUGUGUGCCCUGCCCGGGGGGCCGGUUCUGAGAGGAACUGGCCUAGAAAGCCGAGGCCAUUGUCUCCAGGGGCUGAACUUGGCCUUUGCUCAACCCUGACCCUAAAGACUAAUC